CUCCAAAUGAGACACAAAGGAGACGAGUCGUGUUACCAACUUCAUGCAUAUAUCGUUGGAGCAUUUAUCAUUGGUGGCUCUCGCUAAUCGUUGCAGUAUUCUCAAUCGGCCCUGCAAAAAUGGCAGAAGAACAAACUGCAUUAGAAGAUUCAGAAGAACAUUCAAAAGCCCAAUCAUCUCUGGAAAACAUCGACCCCAGCAAUUCCACUUCAUUUCAUGAGAGAAAAUGCGAAAAAACACACGGUCAUAAAAAGGAUCAGAUCUUCGAAGAUGAGUCUGGGGAACGAGGAGACCAUGCUGUUGAGGAAGAGUUUCAGUGCGAAGGCAUUGACGCCAUAUGGCUGGCUGACACGGAAAGAAAAUCUUCCUCGUCGAGUAAGGAAAGUGUAUUAUUCUAUUCCGAGGUGGAGGUGGGGGCUAACGAAACGGCUACUGUAGUAGAUGCAAAGUCACGCCAGACUGGCUCUCCUUCGCUUGAGCUAGAGCCUGGAAAUGAAGGAGUAUCAGGUCUCAAGUGUCCAGAAGGUAUGGAGUGCGCCACCAGCAGUAGCUCGCAAAAUCCCCCUCAUGACGCUCCACCGCAACGUGAACAACACGAUCUUGCGAAAUGCGACACUCCUUGGAUUAACGAAAAGGAGCAAGCUGAAUGUAAAAUGCUUCGCAUAUCAUCCACCAUCAGUCAAAAUUUCCAAGCACAGACUAACUAUCCUUCCACGACCUGUUCGGUGACCAGCAGUGCCGGCGAAAGGUCGAUACUGCACGUCAAUAAACGUGAACCAGCUGAAUCUAAUGUGCAGUUCACUGUGUCACCAUUGCUCCAUUCGGGCGGAGUCAUUCCAACAAACACUACCUACUUCCUGCAACAACCUCUAGUUAACUGCGGAGAUACAUCUUCGUCGAUUUCUUCAUCAAUAGUGUCCGGUAGUCAAAUCUGUCAUAACAUUUUGCCGUGUUACAUCGCAAAUGGACUUGGUCUAACGCCAUCCCUAAAUUUUUACCGAACUGUUGAUGAUGCGAAUAUCAUCCAUUAUCCGAUGGGAGUACAACGGUCAGAUCAGUACACUCCACCCCUAACAUUUGGUUCGACAAGCAUCGCCGAACGGAUGCAAGCGGAGAGAUUGCGGACUAAUGCUGCCCACUUUCAAAAGCCUACAAACGUUCCCAAUUUCUCGGUUGAUGCUCUUUCGGCAUAUUCUUUUUUGAGUCAUCCUCAACAGCCGACGCUUUCUGCAACGCUGCCAUUGCAUCAGCAGUACAUGAAUACCCUGAAUAAUAUCAAGCCGUCUCUAAUGGGUGGAAAUAAGAAUGUUCCCCAAGAAGUGGUGGAAAAUCGCAUUCAAAGUUCUAAUGGUGUAGGGUCGGGUACUCUGCGUUUGAUUGUACCCGACGCAUCACUCAUAAGGUCUUGCUCGUUAGAAGAACAAAGAAAACUUGCUUUGAUUACUCAUGAUGCGAAAGGAUCUUUGGUUGCUCAAACUAUGCAAAUGGGCACAGCGGCAACGACAUAUUCGACUGCCACUCAACACGAAAAUAGUGAAAGCCAAGACCUUAAUACUGCCUUGAUCUCGCAAGUUUCUCCAAAAAUUAGCGUAUCCACGAACGCCGAGACCAUCAUGCCCCAAACCUCUGGGCCUAUCAAAUCAUUUGAGGAUGUGGUCGUCUUCCCAACCCCUCAUCGACUUGGGAUAAGCCUUGACAAGCAGGCACAUUAUGCAAAGAGAAGGUCCCAGACAGUCGAUGUGGUAAUGCGGAACGCUGGCAGGAGUGCUGAUAUUUCGACCGAUUCGUCUCCAAAGGCAACAUCGCAGUCACAUUUAUCACCGGACUUUGCAGGCGACAGGGUCAACAGUGAAAAGCCAAGGAUUCACUCAUAUCUAUCGAUCGUAAAGUAUCCUAACAUGGUGGACGUAAACUUCCGACGACGGUCUGGUGUAAAAACGCCAUCGCGCCCACGUCAUCUUUGCGAUCAAACAAGAGAAGUCGUCGGCAGAGUUUGUGCUUAUUUCCGAGAAUUUUCCAGGAGAUUUGCAGCUCUUGGCAACAAUAUCGCUGGUACACCUUUCGAAAAUCCUGAAAGAAUGGCAUCGCAUGCAACAGGCUUUACUCUACCAACAAUACGAAGAUGUGGUGAACGAAUGGAGACAAUUCCGCCUUGUACAGCAAGUACCGCUAAAGUUCCAACGGAAGAAGAGCUGUGUAAUCUUUCUUGGAUUUUUUCUGAAGAGCCGUGGUACAUUGCCCAACGAGCGAGAGGUAAAUCUGCUGCAAAUCCUCGGAAAAGGCCAAGGCGACGCGCUCCGUCUUCUCCUAGCAUUUCAGAAGCGGAGAAAGAUGCUGAAGAAUCUGAGGAACAAAAUAUUGAGUUAGAUCUUGAAUUGUUGGAAUCGGAAGAUACUGAUCAAGACGUUCCAAAGCGCCGAAGAUCUGAGAGGAUCCGAAAUCAACGAAGAGCGAAACUGCUGAGCAGACUGAAAGCAAUCAACGCUUCCGGAAAAGCCAAGAUUUUGACGUUGAAAAAUGGAAACAAUGCUGUCACAUCUGGCGAAAACACGGCUGUCACCUCGGAUCAUCAAUCGAGGCACUUCAGUUGGAAGCGAGAAUGCGAACCCUCAAGCGAGUUGCCGCUAUGCGAUCUAGGAAAACCAGUGCGACAACGCUCGCGCUCAGCAGAUUUUCAGUAUCUGGAUGGCAGACGAAGCUACCAAACCAAACGCUCGAAUAGUAUAGCGGAAGCAAUCAGUAUGCAUGACAUACCAAAACGAGAAUUGUGCAAUACUCAAGAUAUAUUCGCUAAUCACGGAACUCACACAAACCAGUACAAACGCUGCUUUGCUGGAGGAAACGUCAAUGAUUUAAGAUUAGAAUUCGUCAAGAAGGUGUAAUUUUGUCGAGAUGCAUGAGUCAAGACUGUCAGAGGAGGUUACUUCCGUUCGAUGCGAAACAGCUGUCCACAUGAAGUCGAUUCUACAGUACAUUAUUAAUGUCAUGUUAGAUUCCAGAUAGUUAUAUGAGAGUGCAAUUACAGAUGUUGAUCUAAUCUGUUUUUUUUUCGCUGACCUUGUUUUCAUAUUCAACAAUUUAUGGUAUAGGCUUGCAAUCUGGUGCUUGGAAUAAUGAUCCUCAUAUAUUUAGUCAAGAUUUCCAACUUAUUGAUGUUACUUCUU